AUGAUCUUAUCACCCCCGUGCUCUCUCGCCAAGUUUCGACUUUGACUUUACACACACUCUCUCUCUCUCUCUCUCUCUCUCGCUUUUUUUAAAGUGUUGGUUGUUCGAUCUGGUUCUCAGGCGCAGCUUUGGGGCUUGAGAAAACUUUGGGAUCUUUGUGUUUUCUUGUUCUGCUCUUAUCUGAACUCACUGGGUUAUCAGCGGUAGCUUGGAAUAGCGAAACGGUCGUGGGAUCCUUUUUUGGAGAAUUAUAGAACAGCAUGCGGUGGUCGCUGAGUCUUUCCGUUGACGUCUUCCGCAAAGUCAUCUCUCUGAACCUUUAUUGCCGUGUAAUUCUGUAGUUCCUUCCAACUAUUCAGAACCCCUCAAGUUUUGUCCUCCUCGUUUUGUAUAUCUCUCUCUAAAUUUUCCAUGGGAUCCAACUUCCUCAUCGUUGUUCCUUGUUAUGUCCGCCAGAUUAGCUGAACAUUACUGGACCUUGUUCGCGUAGUAGUUUCAUUUGAAACUUCUUUUCAUCACGGUAGACAUUCUAUUAGUUGUUAUAUUCUAUUUGUCCAUUUCAGUUCCCAUUCAAUUGUAUUGGGCAUCUGUUUCUUGGUGGUAAAGAUUCACUUUUCUGUUGAGUUGAUCUCUCCCUAGUUUUAAGUUACUGUGUUUUGAAGUCUUUGUCCUCUGGAAAAGUUGGGUUUUUUAAUUCCUCGCAGUGAAGUGUUGGAAAGUAGUUAUGGUGUGCCAAGCAGCGAGCCAAACAAGAUUUCGGGCAAUGAAACACGAAAAUGGGAUUGCAGGGAGUGCCACUAUAAUUGUUAGAGUCAUAGCUUGCUUUCAACCUCUCCAGGACUGCCAGGCUGAAUAUUUCCGUCAUUUGCUCAAACCUGUAACGUAGAAUAGUUUUGCAUUAUCGCGUUGAGUUAAGCUGGAGUUUUUAGUUAGUUUCCUAGUUCCUAAUAUAAAGAGAGAAUAAUCAGCUAUUUCAACUACACAAAAGCAUCUUUCUGGUGUAUUGGUUGGAUGGGAGGAGACGAUAGAAGGCUUCCCCACCAGCAGUUUAAUUGGCCAUCACCCAAUUUGAAUCCCCUGGGUGCUCCCCUUGACAUAGGGCAGCAAAAUCCCAUCUCUGCAGGUAUAUAUCCUGGCACUAACAUGACUCCAAUGAGUGGGACGUUGCCAGUUUAUGCAUCUUCUAAACUACCUCAUUCUUGGGUAGGCCAAGCAAAUGAACCUCAUGGUUGGUUUUAUUGUUUGCCUCGUUUCCGGCAAUCCUUCACCCCUGCCCUUAAGCAGUCAAUUGCUGAAGGAAAACUGCCUACUAACCCUUAUGAAAGCUGCAGGGAGUCCAUUUCACUCAAUGCAGGGUCUGGAUGUGUCCAGAAGAAGUUUGCUGCUGUUGAUAAAUUGAGGGACCAAACCACUUUGAUCUUUAGUUCUGGGAUUGGGACUCCCGUCCAAUGCCUUACUUCUUGGGGUCCAAAACCUUCUAAAUUAAAUGGGGAAGAUAUUGGAAUCAAUGGAGGUUUGAAUUAUUUCUCAGGACCAAUUCUAACAGAUGAAAUUAAUGAAAAUCUCGGAACCGAUGUUCAAAGCGAGAUGCAUGAAGAUACUGAAGAAAUUAAUGCCUUGCUUUACUCAGACGACACUAGUGAAUAUACUGAGGACGGUGAAGUUACUAGCACAGGUCAUUCACCUUGUACAAUGACAGCACAUGAUAAGAAAGAUUGGCUCGAAGGAAGUAUUGAAGAAGUUGCUAGUUCUGCUGGGCCAACUAGGAAGCGGAAACAGUUGGAUACUGUUUAUGAUGAUGCACCAUCACUGAUGGACACUGCAAGUUCAAUGAAUCGCAACAGACCCUUUGAAUGUGAAGAUGAUGCGGAAUCUAGUUGUGCCAAUGGCAACAAUGCAGGGUCAAGAGAAAUGUGUUCCUUAUCAGGCACCAAGAGGAUGAAGAAGGAGAGAAUUCGAGAGACUGUGAACAUUCUCCAAAGCAUAAUUCCCGGUGCCAGCGGCAAGGAUGCAAUUGUAGUCCUCGACGAAACUAUACAUUACUUAAAAUCUUUGAAGCACAGAGCCAUGGCUUUAGGACUCGAUGCUCUCUAAGUUGGAGGGUGUUUUCCUGUUAGUAUCUUUAGUAGUAAGUAGCAUUAUCGGUUCAUGUCUAUUUGAAGUUCUAAAUGUCUUGUCUGGGGUGUGAAUUUGCAUAGCAGGAGUUCAAAGCGAGGUAAAAUGUGAGACAGUUGACAGAAAAGCUCGAAUAGCCCUCAAGUUUAUCCAGUGGUUAAAAGUUGGAAAUCAGCAGAGCUUUGGCUUGCUAAAAGUUGGAUGAGGUGCGGUGUAUUAUGUCCCAAUAAAGGGUCGUGGAGUGUGGAUGAGAAGACUUCACUUCAUUCUGCAACAUGUUUCUUGGGCCCUCCAUUCUCCAUUUCCACGCAUCCUUGAUCCCAGAAAGCCAGCUUGCUUUUAUGUAUUUUAUUUAUGUACCAGCUCUGUGUGGGAUUGGACCUUUACCCUUUUAAUGCUUACUGCUACUGUAAUUUGGUUGUGGGAAAGACUGAUAUGUUUGGUUGGUGUUAUUUAUCAUGGAUUUAGUAUUAGUAGUAGUAGUUGCUGUGUGCUGGUUUGGUUGGUGGGAGAUGAUUUCUUCUAUCUUGGUUGGGAGUAAUUUAUAGUAUUGUUUGGUUUUAUUGUU